ACCAUGUUUAAUUUGGCGACUCAGGAGAUAUCAUUAAUUUUGCCUUAUUUUCACCGAUCACAGCCUCGCAAACUUUAGCCCUAUAUUUUAUAACUCCUUUGAUUUUCUAUUAAAAUUGCUUAAUUAAAGAGGUAGUGUUGAGCUUUGGUUUCAGCGUUUGUACUUGUUGCAUGUUUCAAACAUUAGAUGAAUCAGAGGAAGCAGUGGUAAGGGUAACAGGAAGGAAUUAACAACAUAUUUCUAUGGACAUUUUUAGUUUGAAUUACCCAGAGGAUGAAGAUGUACAGGAAGUGGACAGCUGCUUAGACCAUUAUUAUGCCUCCAUUCUGAACGAUGGUGAUUCAACUGCCCUUUGUUAUGAAGAACAGGACAGCAUCACAUUUAAUGGUGACAAUAAUGAGAUUUUUCGCGACUACAAAACAACAGCAGAGGAUGUUCGUGCACAACCUGGUGUCCCAAAGAAAGAACUACACGAACUUCUUGACGGUUUGGCAAAGGAAAUCGACUACACAUCCAUAUCUAAAUUCAACAUUUCUCGAAGUUUUGUAUGGGAAGGAGCGAAAAGAGCAUUAACGCGAAAGUCAUUUUGUGCAAAAAACAAGAUGUCUGUAAAAUUUACAGAUGACAUCGGCAACAGCGAGGGAGCCGUUGACUUGGGUGGACCUAUGAAGGAAUUCUUCACACUAGUUUUGCAGUGGAUGGUCACUUCCCAGUUAUUUUGUGGCCCUGAACAUCACAAAUACAUCUCUUUCCAAUCCACUUGCCUCGAAGGUAACGAUUAUUUUUUUGCUGGUACCCUCAUAGCAAUGUCCUUAGUGCAUGGUGGCGCUGGACCGCAGUGUUUUGCCCAUAACAUGUUUGAAGCUCUUCACCGCGUUCCUGACAAAGUUGCCAUUACAAUUGAAGAUGUGUAUGACAGGGAAUUACAGUCAUCACUUGAAAAGCUAAGUAAUUCGGUUAGUAAAGAAGAGGCGGUCCAAGUUAUGAAUGGCAACACUUUGCAGGGCGUUCUUGAUCUUGCUGGGAUGCUUCAACCGAUCCAGACAACAGACGACAUAAGGAAGAUUGCCGAAAUGACAGCAAAGUGGUUUGUCCUUGGACGUGCCCGACCAGCAUUGGAAAGUUUCCUAAAUGGUUUGUCAACGCUUGGGGUCCUUGAUGCACUCACACAGAAUCCUGAUGUUUUUCGUCCAGCGUUUUGCUACUAUCCCGAAAAGCUUACAGCUGAAAGCACUGAAAACCUGUUCCAGGUGUUCCAAAGUCCAGUUGGAUCAAACAAAGCAGUAACAGAAAGCUUGGUCCUAUCACGAUGGCAUGAUUAUCUACAGGAUAUUGAAGAAGGUGAAGAUUCCCUUACCUUCAAUGACAUUUUGUUCUUUUCAACAGCAUGUAAAGUCCUUCCCGCUCGGAAGAUUUAUCCCACCAUUCAAUUUCUACAUCAUCCUGAAGCAUGUGGUGAAAAGUCGAGGUUCCCCAAGGCAAACACAUGCUCAAAUAUAUUAUAUCUUCCUGUAGUGCACACUACAUAUGAAGCCUUUGUAGCUGACAUGACAUUUGGUAUUCAAAAUGGACGAGGCUUUGGUAAUGCAUGAUUAAACUGUGAUUCUCCAUACUUGGUGACUUGCAAUAAAUUUCCUGUAACAUACACUGAAGUCCGUAAUGUAUUUGCAGGGUUUAUUUACAUAAUUGUUGCGUUGUAUGAGUGCAUGUAUUCAUAUUUUAAUGUUGUAUAGCAUCAG